AUGCCGUUGAUUUCGGAUUUCCAGAGGAUGUCUUUUGUCGUCGUUGAACUCGAUACAGUGUUGACAAUCACGGAAAACAGUAGAUCAUGCCUGGGGUAUAGGCCUGUAUGGAGAAGACUGAUUGAGGAAUAUGGAAUAACCGUGAGUCGCAACAGGGUUAUGGAGUUGAUGCGAAUUAUCAACGAAGAAGGUGUUGAAUCCAGACGUCAGCGACGACUAAUAACGCGUCGUUAUAGAACACCAGGACCAAACUAUGUAUGGCACAUAGACGGAUAUGACAAAUUAAAACCAUUCAGCUUUGCUAUACAUGGUGCUAUAGAUGGAUAUUCUAGGAGGAUACUAUGGUUAGAAGUUGGAACUACAAAUAACAAUCCAAAAGUAAUUGCUUAUUACUAUCUGGAUGCAGUCAAACAACUAGGUGGUUGUCCUCAGAGGUGUAGGAGUGAUAUCGGCACGGAAAAUUGUGAUGUAGAAGACUUACAAAGAUUAUUCCAUUCACUUAAUGGUUUGCCUGCCGAUGGUGGAUGUUUCUUGUAUGGGAAGAGUACUUCUAACCAAUGCAUUGAAUCCUGGUGGAGUGUUCUUAGAAGGCAGAACACCGACUGGAGAAUAAACUUCUUCAAAGAUCUUCGGGACAGUGGCCUUUACCAAGACGGCGAACCACUUCAUGUUGAGUGCUUGAGGUAUUGCUUUAUGGACGUACUCCAAAAUGAACUGAACAGAGUGGCAAUCGAGUGGAAUCGCCAUACAUUGCAGGUCAAGCGAAAUUGUCAGUCACCACGAGGUAAACCAGAUGUGAUGUACUUCACACCGGAAUUGUACAAUACUCGGGAUCUCAAAAUAGGUGUUGACUGA